GCAGCGUCGGACCCGGGCCCGGAGUCAGGGCGAAUGUCCGGGACGGUUGCCUCUUGAGGACGGCUCAAAAGAAAAAAUCCCUCCACCACGUAAGUGUCUUCAUGAUGAGCGACCUUCAACUCUGCACACGCUCAAACCAAGGGACGGAAUAAGUUCAACUGCAGACACAGACAAGCGGCCUGUUUGACUGGAGAGGAGUCAGACCAUGAGCCGGAACCAGAGAUGCCCGUAAGAAGGCAUCCCUACAGGCUGCAGCCUAGCUACGCCAACUGAACCCUGUUUAGAGGAUGUGCUGCUGAUCAGAAGAGUCGUCCCUCUUCCACUUCUUCAAAACGUUAUUAACGUUGAGUGCUAGACCCUGUGUGGGAUGAAUAAUGGUGGCAAAAAAUGGUGCCUGAGCUUCCCGUCCUGGUGCAGUGUGUGCCAAAGGAGGUGAGGUUAUCUCAGAAAAGUGCAACAGCUGACUGAUAGUCUGCUGGCGAUAAUGGAUGCCAAGUUAAAAGAGGACCUGUUCCGGAGGUAUGUGACGGCACUGGAGAGGCGCCUGGAGGAGGGAGGGGAAUACAAGGACAGUGAGGCCCUGCUCUCCACAGCCACAGCUCUGCUGGGGGCCUACCAGCCAGAUCCGCCACAACGUUUCCGAAUGGUGCGUUUCUAUGAGGUGGUGGAGAACUCUCUCCGCUGCCAGAGAGGGGGGAACAUCAGGAGCCUGGAGAGAGCCUUCCGCACCCUGGAAACCAUCUGCACCAACCUCCUACUCUUCCCCUGGAAGAAGGAGUUCAGAUGUAUAAAGACCUUCACUGGCCCGUACGUGUACCAUCUGCAGUCAGCCAUUUCGGAAGCUGAACUGCGAGCUGUAAUGCGCACCAUUGGCUACGCCUGUGACCAUGAUUCGCAGUUCCAUUUGCAGGAGCACCCAGGAGGAGCAAAUCAUCUGCGCCAGUUGGCGUUUGAGCUUUUCCUGGCCCAGGCAGAGUGUCGUCUUCUGGGAGAGGUAGUGGCCCUGGCCCGCGGUUCAGCCUCCGAGCUGGAGGCCCUGGAACUCCGCAGGGGCUGCAGAGAUGACGCAGCUGGCUGUGCCGAUGUGCUCCGCAGACGUGACAGCCUUGGGGCAGAUAUGGCUCGUCUGUCUGUGCGGCCGCUGGACAUAGAGAGGCCUCAUGCCCACCACCUGAGGCGAGGGAGCCGACCAUCUAAGUCUGUGGAUGUUACGGAUGGGGCAGGUCACUGGCAUCCAGCACUUAGCAAGCCGGUCUUAAAGGCCUCAUUGAGUCUGAGGAAGGAGACCCUGUUUGUGGAUGCAGAGGAAGAUAUGAAGGAUGAGAUCAUCAGGCCCAACACCUCAACGUCCCUCUUCUCUGUGGUAGCCCCACCUUCCUAUAGUCCUGUUGCAGAUUUCUUCCCAAUUCAGUCGCCUCCCCCGGCUGACGUUUACACAUCCUACCACCUGUCCUCUUUGGAUGAGAUUGACUUGUACACUGAGAGAGGCGGUGCUGGGACAGGAGGAAGACAGACUCCCUCUCGACCUCCGUCCAGAGAGCCCCGGGAUGCAAGGGACGGCUGGCUGCUCAAAGCUCAUGGUAGUGUGAAGUGUCAGGGUUGUGGGCUGGGCUGCUCAACUAUGGCUUCCUGCCAGAGGUGUGACAUGAUCCUCUGUCCUGCCUGUCAUGAUGUGGACCCCUCCCCUUGCUGUGGCCUCCAGGACUACCACCCCAAAUCCCCACGACCCCUUGAUGGAUACAUCCCUGUCAAGGAGAAGCUCUCCGUCUACUCGAAUACCCACUCCCACUCCCACCUCCACCCGCACCCCCUCACACUGACUCACUCGCACUCCCACCCCCACCCCCAGAUGGUGGAAAAAACCCUCAUGUCCACAAAGCUGUUUGCAAGCAAGUCUGUUGCCUUGACAACACCAAAGGGAGGCAGCAGUGAGCGACUAAGCUUGGGGGGAUCGCGCUGCGGGUUCUGCAACAAGCCAGGUGCAUCGCACACCUGUGUGAACUGCUCUAAGGUGUCAUGUGACUCGUGCAUGGGCUUGUAUGCAAAGGAUGUUUGCACACGAAAGAAUCCGCAGCACAGCUUUGUGCCCAACCAUCAGCUCAACUUCAAAUCUGGCACCAUAUCUCACCUGGUGUACCGAUGAAUCAGGCAGACAGAAUAUGUUCUCUCCCCUCUCGUAUCUCCCUUAACCCCUCGGUGUAAUCUUGCACUACUGCUUUAGCUCUGUUACCACUUAAACAACUCACUCUCUUGCCCUUUAUCUGAUGAUCUUUUUCCUCUCUCUAACAUUUUCUUGAACUUUGUACAUUUUUCUCUUGCUAUCAGUCGGACCCUGGAAUGCACACGCCACAGAGAGCCAGAUCGUGUGCCCUUCUCUCUGCCUUGUACAAGUUCAGGCCUUUUUAAUCUAUUACUUCUUCUUCCUUUUCCUUGCUACCUGCUCUUGAGUAGUCAUGUGAUGUUGUAGCGCUUCCCAAAUUCCUCAAAUUGUGUCCUCCUCUAAAGGGAAACUAGAGAAAAGAAAGUUCAAUUCCUUCUCAUCUUGAAUGAAUUCCGUCCAAAUGAACAUAUUUACUUUGCCUAACUUCUCAGCUAAG